UAUCAGCAUUUGUUCCACUGUGGCAACUGCGGCCAGACCGAACACCGGCAAGCGUGUGAGAGAGGGAGUCAAAUAGAAAGAUAGGGAGACAGAGGAAGUUACCCAGCCCAGAAAAAAAUAUUAAAUUAUCAGAGUCUAAAUAGAUAAGAAUAUUGGAGGACAAAAACGAUUUGAAUUUGGGGGAAUACAAAGACUUAAGACGCAAUGAUGACCCAAAUAGAGACGACAGUGCAUUAUAAUAACGGAUUCGGGGAUGAGGAGGACUACAUGAUACAGGAGGAUGAGUGGGACAGGGACAUGUUGCUGGACCCUGCCUGGGAAAAACAGCAAAGAAAGACCUUCACAGCUUGGUGUAACUCCCACCUGAGGAAAGCAGGAACACAGAUUGAGAACAUUGAGGACGACUUUAGGAAUGGCCUCAAACUCAUGCUUCUCUUGGAAGUUAUUUCAGGUGAGAGGUUACCCAAGCCUGACAGAGGGAAGAUGCGUUUUCACAAGAUUGCCAACGUCAACAAAGCCUUAGAUUUCAUCACCAGCAAAGGAGUGAAACUUGUCUCUAUUGGAGCUGAAGAAAUUGUGGAUGGUAACAUUAAGAUGACACUUGGAAUGAUAUGGACCAUCAUCCUCCGCUUUGCCAUCCAGGACAUCUCUGUAGAAGAAACCUCUGCAAAGGAAGGCCUUCUCUUGUGGUGCCAGAGAAAGACUGCCCCCUACAGGAACGUCAAUGUCCAGAACUUCCAUGUUAGCUGGAAGGACGGACUGGCCUUCUGUGCCCUGAUUCACAGACACAGGCCUGACCUCAUCGACUACGCUAAGCUCAACAAGGAUGAUCCUAUGGGGAACCUGAACCUGGCAUUUGACAUAGCAGAGAAGCACCUGGAUAUUCCCAAGAUGCUGGACGCAGAAGACAUCUUUAACACCCCCAAGCCUGAUGAGAGAGCUAUCAUGACCUAUGUGUCCUGCUUCUAUCAUGCAUUUGCUGGAGCCGAGCAGGCUGAGACGGCGGCUAACAGGAUCUGUAAAGUGCUGGGUGUGAACCAGGAGAAUGAGAAACUGAUGGAGGAAUACGAGAGGCUGGCCAGCGAGCUACUGGAGUGGAUCCGCCGGACCACCCCAUGGUUGGAGAACAGGACUGCAGAGAAGACCAUGGUUGAGAUGCAGAGAAAGCUGGAAGAUUUCAGAGACUACCGCCGCAUGCACAAGCCCCCCAAGGUGCAGGAGAAGUGCCAGCUGGAGAUCAGCUUCAACACCCUGCAGACCAAGCUGCGCAUCAGCAACCGUCCCGCUUUCAUGCCCUCGGAGGGAAAGAUGGUGUCUGACAUAGCCAGUGCAUGGCAGGGGCUGGAGGGGGCAGAGAAAGGCUACGAGGAGUGGCUUCUGACAGAGAUCCGAAAGCUCGAGAGACUGGACCACCUGGCUGAAAAGUUCCGCCAGAAAGCCAGCACCCAUGAGACCUGGGCUAAUGGUAAAGAGCUGAUUCUAUCUCAGAAGGACUACGAGACGGCCACCCUGACAGAGGUGCGGGCGUUGCUACGGAAACACGAGUCGUUUGAGAGUGACCUGGCUGCUCAUCAGGACAGGGUGGAGCAGAUCGCUGCCAUCGCACAGGAGCUCAAUGAGCUGGACUAUUAUGAUGUGGCUGCUGUCAACCAGAGGUGCCAGAGAAUCUGUGACCUGUGGGAUCAACUUGGUACACUGACCCAGAAGAGGAGAGAGGCUCUGGAGAGGACAGAGAAGUUGCUGGAAACCAUUGAUCAGUUGUUCCUGGAGUUUGCCAAGAGAUCAGCACCCUUCAACAACUGGAUGGAAGGGGCCAUGGAGGAUCUGCAGGACAUGUUUAUUGUACACACUAUCGAUGAGGUUCAGAGCCUGAUCUCUUCCCAUGAGCAGUUCAAGGCCACCCUCCCAGAGGCAGAUGGAGAGAGACAGGCCAUCCUGGGGAUCCACAUGGAGGUGCAGAAGAUCUCCCAGAGCUACGGCAUCAAGGCCAACCUCAUCAACCCCUACAGCACCAUCACCACCGAGGAACUCCUCGCCAAGUGGGACAGGGUGAAGAAGCUGGUUCCCCAGAGAGAAGGCUCCCUCCAGGAAGAGCUAGCACGGCAGCAUGCUAGCGAGAGGCUGAGACGGCAGUUUGCUGUCCAGGCUAACCUCAUCGGACCAUGGAUACAGACAAGGAUGGAGGAGAUUGGCCGCUGCUCCCUGGAGGUGGGUGGUACCCUGGAGGACCAGAUGACCCAGCUGAAGCAGUUUGAGCACGUCAUCGUCACCUACAAGCCCAACAUCGACAAGCUGGAGGGAGACCACCAGCUCAUCCAGGAGUCUCUGGUGUUUGACAACAAGCACACCAACUACACUAUGGAGCACAUCCGUGUGGGCUGGGAGCUCCUCCUCACCACCAUCGCCCGCACCAUCAACGAGAUCGAGACCCAGAUCCUGACCCGUGAUGCCAAGGGCAUCAGCCAGGAACAGAUGCACGAGUUCCGCUCUUCCUUCAACCACUUUGAUCGGGAGAACACAGGCAAACUGCGUUGUGAGGAGUUCAAGGCCUGUCUGAUCAGCCUGGGUCAUGUGGGCAAUGACCAUCAGAAGAAACACGGGGCGAUGGACACUGAUGACUUUAGAGCCUGUCUGAUCUCCAUGGGUUAUGAUUUGGGUGAAGUGGAAUUUGCCCGCAUCAUGAUGCUGGUAGAUCCCAGUGCCACUGGCAUGGUGUCUUUCCAAUCCUUUAUCGAUUUUAUGACCAGAGAAACCACUGACACAGACACAGCCGACCAGGUCGUGGCAUCCUUCAGGAUCCUGGCAGCCGAUAAGCCCUACAUCCUGGUUGAGGAGCUGAGGAGGGAGCUCCCCCCUGACCAGGCAGAGUACUGCAUCUUGAGGAUGGCCCCCUACAGUGGUCCAGGGGGACCCGUGGGGGCUCUAGACUACACUGCCUUUUCCACUGCCCUCUACGGAGAGAGUGACCUCUAACUCUGCAAGAUGACCCCCAAGAUUGACCUUUUGACCCCAGCCAAAAUAUCUGUAUGAAAUCCCCUUUAAUCCACUGUAAAAGCAAGGAUUAUGAUUAUUUAAAUUUUGGGAUAUCUGUUUGCUGAUUUGAGAGAAUAGAUCUGGACUAUUUUAGCAAAAGCUUGAUUGAAAUGACAGUAAAGUAUGCAAUUUAAGUAUCAUAAUAGGUUCUAUGAUAGCACACUGAUAACUGUGUAAGGUUAUCAAGUGUGCCUCUCAUACUCCAUUCUAAAAAGUAAUGACACACAUGUUGUUUAUGUCAACAAAAUGUACUUGUGAUAUAAUCCUAGCACAUGGUGCCUGCUCUAUGCUAACUUUUCUCGCAAGUUACCCAAUAUAAAUGAAGAACAGUUUGGCUAAAGGCUAUGAGUGAUUGAUUGAACAAUACGUUACACAGUUCACACAAAAUAUAUACAUCUCAAACCCAAAGCUAAGAGCCUCUUCACACACUUACUAGACAUUUUUCGUAAACAUGUCGGCUACACGUUACUCAAAUGUAAACCUCUGGAGGUAGUGCACAACACUCUCUCAACAGCUGCCCCCCUUGAAUCAGUGUAAACAGAAUUGUCUUGUUAAUUGAGCCAACACACCUACAGUAUAAAUGGUAAUAGUAGAGCAAUGUUUUUCAAACAGUUGAAAUGUAUAGACAUUUUCCUAAUAUUUGAGACUGAAUAUUGCAGUAACAGCCAGUUACAUUCUGAAAUUGUUGCAGUAGCUGUCGGCUGCACUGAGCCAGGUAAAAUUAUGGAAGCCCAUCCUCACCACCAAAAACAUGUCAAAUGAUGGCUAUGUUUUUUUAUUUGUAACAUUGUGUGGUGAUUUCAGAGGUGGCUCCACAGGUCCCAGAGUGGUGGGAGAAUUUUUUUUCCUAGGGCCCGUUUUUCAUAAUCUGGCAGUAGGCUAACCUAACCAACUCUGUACCCUAGUUGUAGCAUUUGACAUAGUAAUAAAUCAGCUGUACAAAAAAAAGGUUUUAUAUGGGCUAUGAUGGCAUCAGAUAAUUUUUCUAAUCAAGUCAUAUGUGUUUUUUAAAAGCCCCUGGAAAACUCCUGGCCCUAGGGAGGAUGGAAACAUUAAAACCCUUUACACAGACAAAGAAAGAACAACUGCGAUUGGACAAAAACAGACAAAAAAUUAACAGAUCUGAGCUCGCUGUAUGCAGGAUUGCAUCAUUUAGGCCUUUGCAUCUGUAAUUAAAAAGAUACUCAUACUGAAUGUCAUCACUAUUGUGUUGAUUCAUUAAUUCCAGUCAAUACUUGUUUUUUUAAAAAGGCGUAGGUAGCCUAGCCACCCGAAGUGUGAAUAUAAACCAAAUAUGAUCACAUUCACAUUUUCCCAAAAGACAAAUAAAUGGGCCUAUUUUGGGCUAUAAAUACAUGUCUUAGGCUAUAAAAUCAUGAUGUUAAGUUUUCCCUGGCCAGGCCCAGAUAGGAUCAGAGCACAAAGGCUGUUUCUCUAGGCUACCUGCAGCUGUCGUUGUUAUCUGUAGGCUACAGUUGAACAGACGAAAGCACAGACUAAUUGUGCAUGUUGGCAAAUCACGAUUCAUACAAUUAAAUACAAUUGGUGGCGUUUAUGGGCUUCCAUAUAAAACAGCUCAUCACGGUAAAUGAUCUUAUACCCACGUUUUCAGUCGCAAUUAUUUGCUUCUGACAUGUAAUGAUUUGCAUGAUUUUUUAUCAAAAUUAAGCCUGGUUUGUUGUAAUACUGUAAGGUAGUCCUUCUGUACUUUUAUAUUCGUGUGAGAAGGUUAAUCGUUUGUUUUUGAUAGGCUAACGUUACACUACUUGAUGAAGACAUGCCAUUAUAGCAACGCCGUGAUUUUGUCUUGAAGCUAAAAUGUAAUGAGUGUAGCCUACAGACGAGAAAAUAAAAAUAAAAAUAAAAAAUUAAA